AUUUCAUCCACUGAAGUCAAAGUCUCAGAGCGGCACGAUAAAAGUAUGGAAGGCUUUAUAACAAGAAAGCGGUCACUUGCAGAGCUGGAUACGAACGCAGGCCGCCUUCCAUCCCCAGCUCCAUCGUCCUCUCUCGUCCAACCAUCCUCUCGUCCCGCGAAGAAGACCAAGACGGUUUCACGUGUGGCAGAUUCAACCAGCAGAACGAAACGCACGAAUAAAGCUUCUGCGAAGUCUAAGGUUGCGCAGACACCAGGACAUUGCUCGUUGAACAAGAAGGAGUUUGGCGAUAGGAUCAAGAAUUGCUUGGCCUUGGAAAAAUAUGCGGUGCAGAGAAUGAGCUUCCAGGUAGAGAUGGACGUCUCAUUCUUCAGAAGCUUUUUUGGAGGUGAUCAUGGAGUUCAAAUCACACCUGAAGUAUACGACGAGAAGACGCCAGUCGUGGUUGCCGAGCUUAGGAACAAGGAAGCGGGAGAGGUGUUCGGCGUGUCGAAGAUAAAGAAUGGGAAUCGAUACGAAACUGUUCAUCUUUUCAGGAUGAGCGUAAUUCUAUAUCCGCUGAAGCAGACUGCUUCAGUUUGGAUAUCUGCUUGAAUGGCUGUUCCGCUCUCUAGGUGCCUUUGGAUCCCCGACACCCGGGCGCUCAAACAGCCAUAACAAUCUACACAGCGUCCUGUCGAGGAAACCUCUUUCCGAUUUGAAAAUUACGGAGUAAUGCAAAUGUGAGAUGGGG